CCAUGUUAAAGUUACAGUCAAGUGCUGUGCCUGAGAUUCUCUUCUGUUUAUUUUUUCCCCCUUUUUUCUCCUUUUGUCCGUGUCAAGACCCCCAGGAAACCUACGUUUAAUAGUCAGAGACCGGAGUGCCCACGAUGGACUCCAGUUUUGAUCUGUCCAGGCGAAAUCCACAAGAGGAUUUUGAGCUUAUCCAGAGGAUAGGCAGCGGGACCUACGGAGAUGUCUACAAGGCUCGUAAUGUCGCUUCAGGAGAACUGGCUGCCAUCAAGGUCAUCAAACUGGAGCCAGGCGAGGACUUCGCAGUGGUUCAGCAGGAAAUAAUCAUGAUGAAAGACUGCAAGCACUCUAACAUUGUGGCGUAUUUCGGUAGUUACUUAAGGAGGGAUAAAUUAUGGAUAUGCAUGGAAUACUGUGGUGGAGGUUCACUGCAAGACAUAUAUCACGUUACUGGUCCACUAACAGAAUCUCAAAUAGCAUAUGUAACAAGAGAAACCCUUCAGGGUUUAUAUUACCUGCACAACAAAGGAAAGAUGCAUCGAGAUAUAAAGGGAGCCAAUAUAUUAUUGACGGACAAUGGUUACGUCAAGCUAGCUGAUUUUGGUGUAUCGGCACAGAUCACGGCCACACUAGCUAAAAGAAAAUCCUUCAUUGGGACUCCUUAUUGGAUGGCCCCAGAGGUGGCGGCCGUGGAGAGGAAAGGCGGCUACAAUCACCUGUGUGACAUCUGGGCUGUUGGUAUCACCGCCAUUGAACUAGCCGAACUACAGCCUCCCAUGUUUGACCUUCAUCCGAUGAGAGCGCUGUUUUUGAUGACGAAAAGCAACUUUCAACCCCCCAAAUUAAAAGAUAAAGUUAAGUGGACUAAUAAUUUCCACAAUUUUGUGAAACUGGCAUUGACGAAAAAUCCAAAGAAAAGGCCACCGGCUGACAAGUUAUUGCAGCAUCCCUUAGUGUCCCAACCGUUGAGUCGUACAUUGGCAAUAGAGCUCCUGGAUAAGGCCAACAACCCCGACCAAUCGUCCUACACAGACCUGGAUGACGACGAUCCAGAGCCCGAGCCUCCAGUGUCUGUUCCACAUCGGAUUCGCUCAACGAUCCGUAACAGCCGGGAUGGAAAGACUCUGUCAGAGAUUAACUUCGGUCAGGUGAAGUUUGACCCUCCUUUAACAACAGAGACGAAACCUCAUCAUGAACCGCCCGACACUGACGAUUUUUUGGACUGUGCCGAAGAAAUAUACUACACUGCAAGAUCUAAUCUGGACUUUCAGAUGGAUUAUGGACCGGUGUCCCCUAAAGGAUCAAUCCUGGGAGGAAACAAGAGUCUCUUGAAAUCUGUUGAAGAAGAAUUACAGCAGAGGGGACAUGAGGCUCAUUUGGGGGAUGAUGAGGGUGAAGAUGAUGGUGAUGAUCAUGAUGAUGUAAUGCAACACACGAAAAGCUCCACUAUGAGGCCUAAGUUCCCCCCACCACUUCCUCCCAAGCCAAAGCCCAUUCCCGGACCACAUCAAAGCCCAUCUGGUGAUCAUGACAGCAGCCAGGGCACUAUAAAGCGUUGCCCUGGGACAGAGAGCCCGGCUCGAUCUUCCACCAAUGUACCACCCCGACCUCCACCUCCUCGCCGGCCCACACACAAGCUCAGCAGUUUAGGCAAUGGAAUUAGCCCAUCUGAACACUCGCCAUCGGCAGAGAGACAGUCCACAAUGCCCCCUACUGUUUCCACAGCAAAGGACAAGAAAGAUUUUCCAAAACCCAUCAGUAAUGGUCUCCCUCCAACUCCAAAGGUUCAUAUGGGAGCAUGUUUCUCCAAAGUCUUCAACGGCUGCCCAUUAAAAAUACACUGUGCUACCUCAUGGAUCAAUCCAGACACAAGAGAUCAAUAUCUGAUAUUUGGAGCAGAGGAAGGUAUUUACACAUUAAAUCUGAAUGAGCUUCACGAGACCUCCAUGGAACAGCUUUUCCCUCGGAGGUGUACUUGGCUGUAUGUCAUGAGCAACAGCCUGCUAACAAUAUCUGGAAAAGCGUCUCAUUUGUACUCGCACAGUUUGACGGGCUUGUUUGAGUACGCUCGUCACAUGCAGAAGCUCCCUGUUGCCAUACCGACGCAUAAGUUGCCUGACAAAAUAAUCCCCAGGAAGUUCACUGUGUCCAAUAAGAUCCCUGAAACAAAAGGGUGUCAAAAGUGCUGUGUAGUGAGGAAUCCGUACACUGGUCACAAGUAUCUGUGCGGUGCCUUUCAGUCCACUGUUAUCCUGUUUGAGUGGGUUGAGCCAAUGCAGAAAUUCAUGUUGGUCAAGAGCAUAGACUUCCCCUUGCCAUGUCCGCUGGAAGUGUUUGAGAUGCUGGUGGUUCCAGAGCAUCAGUAUCCGCUCAUCUGUAUAGCUGUGAGCAAAGGCACAGAGCUCAACCAGGUGGUGCGCUUUGAGACGCUCAACCCAAACUCAACCUCCAACUGGUUCACUGAUUCUGAUACCCCGCAGAGUUGCGUGAUCCAUGUGACCCAGAUGGAGAGAGAUACAAUUUUAGUCUGCCUUGACCGGUGCAUUAAGAUUGUGAAUUUGCAAGGACGGUUGAAAUCCAGUCGAAAGCUGUCGGCAGAACUCACCUUUAAUUUCCAGAUUGAAUCAAUAGUUUGUCUACAAGACAGUGUGUUGGCCUUCUGGAGGCAUGGCAUGCAAGGACGCAGCUUCAAGUCCAGUGAGAUUACACAAGAGAUUUCUGACAACUCAAGAAUAUUCAGGCUGUUGGGUUCAGACAGAGUUGUGGUUUUGGAGAGUCGUCCGACAGACAAUCCUAUGGCACACAGCAAUCUCUACAUCCUCGCAGGGCACGAAAACAGCUACUGAAUGGGUUGCAUCCUGGGUGGAUACAUUACAUGCAACGUUUCAAAUGGCCCAACGACGACGGACCACCCGUCAGAAGAACCACGACUCGGUGGUUGUUGGACCACUGAGAGCGCUGUGGAAGACUUGAGCGGCUAUAAAGAUUUCAGAGUAGGAAGAAACGUGCAUGAUAUACGACAGUACUACAGUAUGCACUUUCACCCCUUACUGUUUUAGGGGCCUUACUUACAUUUGGCUUCUGGCAGUCAUUUGAAUGGUUUUAACUUAUUGUACAUGAAACACACACUCACACACACUCACCGUUUAAAGAUUUUUGUUGUUUGUUUUUAGCCACUACACUCACAGACGCUAACACACAAGUGCUUGAAGAUGCGUAUUUAAUUAAUGUACAUACAGACAUAUAGUAUUGUUAAGUUGUACUCUUUGUAUUGGUUGUGUAGAUAUCGUACUGUAUGUUGUACAGGUUCGUGGCAGCGUUGGCUGCUGUAAAGGACUGUGAGAUACACGGUGAGAGAAUGGGUACUACUUGGAUAUUUUUCGUCGUUAUUAUAUGCAAUGGUUUAGGAGUUGCAUAGCUGAAGUGCCCAUCUUUCCAAAACUUGCCUUUUUAACAUAUUUGUUUUUGUUUGUUUUUAUUAUACAACCUAAUCGUUCUGAUAUAAAGCCAAAUGCUGUUUUUUAUUGAGCAACUUUUAAUUCAGUGGCCCUCGUAAUUGUUUUUAACUCUUUGGUAAAUGCAUUCACUUCAAAUUUGCACAAUGUUAUUAAAAUGUUUAUGAGUUGAUGUAAAUGUAGGUUGAAAACCAUGCAGAUAGUUACAUAUAUAUAUAUAUACAGCUGUGCUCAAAAGUUUGCACACCCUGGCAGAAAUUGUGAAAUUCUGGCAUUAAUUUUGAAAAUAUAACUGAUCAUGCAAAAAUUGUAUUUAAUGAUAGUGAUCAUACAAAGCCAUUUAUUAUCGCUUAGUUGAUUGGCUCCUUUUUAAAUCAUAAUAAUAACAGAAAUCACCCAAAUGGCCCUGAUCAAAAGUUUACAUACCCUUGAUUGUUUGGUCUUGUUACAGACACACAAGGUGACACACACACAUGUUUACAAGGUUAAUUUCCCACACCUGUGGCUUUUUAAAUUUACAUUUACAUAUGCAUUUAUCCAAAGCGACUUACAGUGCACUUAUUACAGGGACAAUCCCCCCGGAGCAACCUGGAGUUAAGUGUCUUGCUCAAGGACACAAUGGUGGUGGCUGUGGGGAUCGAACCAGCAACCUUCUGAUUACAACUUAUGUGCUUUAGGCCACUACACCACCACCACAAUUUGCAAUUGCAAUUAGUGUCUGUGAAAGAGGUCAUAGAAGAAAGAUGCGGUGUUACGGACAUGUCAUUAGGAACGAUAGUUUGUCAAAGACAAUUCUUCAAGGGACAGAACCUGGAGGUAGAAGACGAAGCCGACAGUAAAAGAAAUGGGUGGAUAACAUCACGGAGUGGACUAGCAAGAACUUCGCCACAACCCAGAUGCUAGCCUAUGUCCGACAGAAAUGGAGGAAGAUGGUGUUUGACUGAACCAUACAGCGACCCUGUGACCCAGGAGGGUUAGGGGAUAAAUGAAAUGCAUGAUAGUCAAUGAGUUUGUUUGCUCUCACAUGGAGCAAGCUAGAUACUGAGUCAUGUGGAGCAGAAAAGAACUGUCAAAAGACCUGCGUAACAAGGUGAUGGAACUUUAUAAGGAUAUAAAAAGAUAGCCUUGAAAAUGCCAGUCCGUACUGUUCAAUCACUAAUUAAGAAGUGGAAAAUUUGGGGAUCUCUUGAUAACAAGCCAAGGUCAGGUGUAGACCAAGAACGAUUUCAGUCACAACUGCCAGAAGAAUUGUUCGGGAUACAAAGAAAACAAACAAACAAAGCCUGGUUACAAUAUGCCCGACAACACCUUGACACGCCUCACAGCUUCUGGCACACUGUAAUUUGGAGUGACGAGACCAAACUAGAGCUUUAUGGUCGCAACCUUAAGUUCUAUGUUUGGAGAGGGGUCAACAAGGCCUAUAGUGAAAAGAAUACCAUCCCCACUGUGAAGCAUGGUGGUGGCUCACUGAUGUUUGGGGGGGGGGGGGGCUCUAAAGGCACGGGGAAUCUUGUGAAAAUUGAUGCCAAGUUCACUCUCCAGUGGUUACAGCAGAAAAAGUUGAAGGUUCUGGAGUGGCCAUCAAAGUCUCCUAACCUUAAUAUCAUCGAGCCACUCUGGGGAGAUCUCAAACGUGCGGAUCAUGCAAGACAAACAAAGACUUUGCAUGACCUGGAGGCAUUUUGCCAAGACGGAUGGGCAGCUAUAGCACCUGCAAGAAUGUGGGGCCUCAUAGACAACUAUUACAAAAGACUGCACGCUGUCAUUGAUGCUAAAGGGGGCAAUACACAGUAUUAAGAACUAAGGGUAUGCAGACUUUUAAACAGGGUUCAUUUCAUUUUUUUAUUUAAUUUCUUUGUUGCCAUGUUUUGUCUUAUGAUUGUGCCUUUCUGUUAUACCCUACAGUUGAAUGUGAAUCCCAUAAGAAUUAAAAGAAAUGUGUUUGGCCUGCUCACUCAUGUUUUCUUUAAAAAUCCUACAUAUGUAUUACCAAUUCUCCAAGGGUGUGCAAACUUUUGCACACAACCGUAUGUAUAUAUACACACAUGCAUUUUCUGUAAAUGUGUGUACAAUUAUAACUCUAAUAUGCAAUAAAUCAUUAAGAUGUUUUUACAUUAUUUUAAAUAAAUCGUACUGAAAGGGAGUCGUGUGAAUGAGAUCACUGUCUGCAUCUGUAGACAUUAUUUACAAGACAAUGAUGGCAUCUUUUGUAAUUGCUGUAAAGCUUCAUCAACUUGGACAGGAAUUACAUCACCAUUGAGAGGAAAUUCCAUCGUUUAAUUCAUUUUCUUUUUUUUGUGUCUAUCUAUGUACAUAUUGUAAAAUAAAAUCACUUGGUUUUACAUACUGAAAUGUCUAAAGUGUUUUAAUAAUAAUAAUAAUUUUAAUAUUUAAUUAUUAUUUUAAAAACAAGUUUUG